UCGAAACUUGAAGGAUCAUGAAGCGGCGUUGGUCAUGUAGGAAUACCACCUACACGUAACUGUUAUUGACACGAAUGGUUGAAAAUAGCCUACUUCGAGUAAACGCGUUAUCAUUAUCCCGUUUUAAUCCCGGGUCGGUAUGCAGUAAACGGUGUCGAGCAACGCUUUGAACUCGGAAGUCAUCGAUUCGUUGGGAGUUCAAUGUGCUGAUUCCGACUGGUAGCGUUUUGAGUUCGCUUUAGUCUUCUUCUAGUCCAACUGUGUGAGGAAGAAGAACAUGAGCCUCCUUUCUGAAGACGCGUUGGGAGACUCUGUAGAUUAUGAAGAUAAGCGUCACAGCAACGUGCCUACGAAGCCCGAGGCUCGUGGGGCUGAAGGAGCCGGUCCAAUCAACGAGCAAGCAAGGGCAAACUCGCCUGUACCCAGCUGUGUGUCUAUGAAGAGUGAUUGGUCCAUGGAACUUCCAGUCGCAUUUAAGAAAGAAAAUCUUGUCCCUGAGGAAUGUGACAAACUCCUGGAACCAGAUGCUCCUGUGCCCAGCUAUUUGUCCAUAAACAGUGACCAUUCAAUGGCUAUACCACUUACAUUGAACGAUGGAGUCUCGCCUAAUGCGCAGAGUGUCUGGCCCGAGACAGCAGCUUUGCCUGCUCCAAGCUGUCUGUCUACGAUGACCGACCAGUCCAUGGACCCACCAAACUGUUUCACAGAGCUGGAUUGCUUUACUGACCAGAGAGACCAGACAAGGAAAUCAGGCAUACAGUCUGAUCAGAGCCAAGAGAUCUCUGAAACAGUCAGGACUUUUGAGGAGAGGUUUCUCAGCUUCGUGAAGCGUGAGAUGAAAAGAAUCAGCCAGCUUCUGAGUCCAGGUUAUCCUGGAGAGGUGGAGGCUUCCGAAGAGGAAGAGGACAGCAGUGAGGCCCGAGAGGCAGCGCUUAAGAUCGGCCUACAUGUUUUACAGGGCAUGAAUGAGCCUGAGCUUGUUGGAAAAGUGAACAUGGCGAAAAGCAUAUUUAUACAUCAGAGAAAACUCAAAUCCAGUCUGAAGAGCAAGAGCCAGUGUAUAUUCGAAGGAAUCGCUAAGCAAGGAAAUCCGGCCCUUCUCAACAAGAUUUACACAGAGCUCUAUAUCACGGAAGGCGGGAGCGGAAUGCUCAACGACGAGCAUGAAGUGAGGCAGAUAGAGUCGGAAUACAGAAGUCUGCCAGGACAAGAGACGCCAAUCAUAUGCAAUGACAUAUUUAAGCCAUUACCGGGGCAAGAAAAAAACAUCAGAACAGUACUGACCAAAGGCGUAGCUGGUAUCGGAAAAACGGUCUCUGCACAGAAGUUCAUCCUGGAUUGGGCUGAAGGGCAAGCCAAUCAAGAUGUCCAUUUCAUGUUCCCAUUGCCUUUUCGGGAGCUAAAUCUGAUGGGCCAGCAACAGUAUAGCCUGGAGGGACUUCUUCAUUGCUUUUUCAAAGACAUGCAAGAAGUCAGCCUCUCCAUCCUCGAAAAUACAAAGGUUAUUUUCGUCUUUGAUGGCCUGGAUGAAUGUAGACUUCCUUUAGACUUCAAGAGCAAUGAGAGGUGUUCGGACGUAACUAAGGCAACAUCAGUGGACGUUCUCCUGACAAACCUCAUCCUGGGGAACCUGCUCCCCUCUGCUCUCAUCUGGAUUACGACCCGACCAGCGGCUGCUAACCAGCUGCCUGCUGCAUGCGUUGACCAAGUAACAGAGGUGAGGGGGUUCAACGACCCACAGAAGGAGGAGUACUUCCACAAGCGAAUCACUGACCGAGAUCUUGCCGGCAGGAUCAUCCAGCAUGUGAAGUCUUCCCGGAGCCUCUACAUCAUGUGUCACAUACCCGUCUUCUGCUGGAUCUCAGCCACCGUGCUUGAGAGGCUGCUGAGUGAAGCGGAAAAGCACCAGGUGCCCAAGUCUCUGACUGAGAUGUACACGCAUUUCUUGAUCUUUCAGACAGUGCGACGGAACGACAAGUACACAGAAGGGAAGGACUUGAACCCUUGCUUGACUAAGGAAAACAUUCUCUCCCUUGGAAAACUCGCUUUUCAGCAGCUAAGCAAAGGCAACCUGAUCUUCUAUGAAAAAGACUUGAUGGACUGUGGCAUUGACGUCAAAGAGGCAUCAGUCUACUCUGGGCUGUGCACCCAGAUCUUCAGAGAGGAGUUGGCAAUGUGGCAAAGGAAGGUCUACUGCUUUGUGCACUUGAGUUUCCAGGAGUACCUUGCGGCUUUAUUUGCAUACAUGUGCUGGCUGAGCCCGAACGGAGAUCACCAACCUGACGAUAUUAACAUUCGACAGCUUUGCCUAAACUCGACCGUAUUCGAUCUACACAGGAGUGCAGUGGAUCUGGCUUUGCACUCAGAGCGUGGCCACAUGGACCUCUUCCUCCGCUUCCUUCUUGGAUUAUCUCUUGAAUCCAAUCAGAAUCUGCUGCACGAUCUCCUGACGCAGGAUGUGAACGAUGAACAGAGCCACCAGGAGACGGUCAAGUACAUAAAGCUCAAGCUUGGGGAGAACCUUAGGCCGGAGAACUCCAUCAAUCUGUUCCACUGCCUGCUCGAGCUCAACGACCAUUCUCUCGUGCAGGAGAUUCAAGCUUACCUGAGCUCAAAGAGUCUGUGCCCAGAGAACCUCUCACCUGCACAGUGGUCAGCUCUCGUCUUUGUGUUGAUGACCAGCGAGGAGAAGAUGGAAGUGUUUGACCUGAGAAAAUAUGUGAAAUCAAAUGAAGGAUUCAAGAGGCUGGAACCUGUAGCCAAAGCAUCCAGAACUGUCAUAUUGUCCUCAUGUAACCUUACUGAGGCGGUUUGUCCCAACCUGGCUCUUAGUUUAAGGUCUUGUGCUACUAGAGAACUAGAUUUGAGUUUUAAUAGCCUGAAUGACAGAGGGGUGAAGCUGAUGUGUGUUGGACUGAGGAGUUCAGACUGUCUAUUGGAAACACUGAAUCUGCAAUUUUGUGAAUUCCGGAAGGACGGCUGUGCUGCCCUUGUUUCUGCGCUGCAGUCGAACCCAUCACAUUUGAGAGAGCUGGACCUGAGCCACAAUCUGACUGGAAACCAGGCCAUAGCUGGGCUGUUGGCAAUCCUGCCCGACACUCGACUGGAAACGCUCAGGCUUUCAGGCUGUGGGGUCACAAGGGAAGGCUGUGUUUUUCUGGCCUCAGCGAUAGGCUCCAAACCCUCUUGCCUUAAAAAUCUGGAUCUGAGCGACAACAAACUAGGAGACCUGGGAGUUCGAGUCCUUCCAGAAUUGUUGAGUCAUAAAAAUUGUCAAAUCGAAUAUCUGCGGCUAGAGAAGUGUAACAUAACUUGGAAAAGCUGCAAGACCCUACUCCAUGCAUCCAGCCAGGAGUCUUGGAGUCUCCGCACCCUGGACCUGAGUGACAAUGACCUUCAGGAUUCAGGAGUGAAACAGCUGGCUUACGAACUGAGUACGCCAUGCUGCAAGAUACAGAAAUUAAGGCUGGCUAGUUGCAGAUUCACUAUGAGAGGAUUCUCAGCACUGGCUUCUGCUCUCAGGUCGAACCCCACAAGCCUGCAUGAGCUGGAUCUGAGUAGCAAUUUCCCUGAUGUCUCUGCGAUGCGUCAGCUAUUGUCAGCACUAAGAAAGCCCAACUGCGCGCUUCGAACACUGCGUGUGGACAAAUGUUGCCUCAGCUCAGAGGUGUGUGGCUCUAUGUCCACAACGCUCAGCCAGAACGCCACCCUUAGAGAGCUGAGUCUGAAUGACAACCCACUCGGAGACGAUGGGUUGAAGACCCUCUUUGCCGGACUACAAAGUGGACUUUGUAACCUCAAGACUUUGAGACUGUCUAACUGUUCCCUCACAGAAGGCAGUUGUGAAAUCUUGGCGUCUGUGCUGAUUUCGAACACCAUUGGUCUCCAGGAGCUGGACCUGAGCAGAAAUGCCUUCAGCCCGGACAAAAGCAGCUUCCUUUGCUCAAUAUCCAACAUGGAUCUCACGCUGUGAUGGGAGGCGCUCAGCCGGAGCCUCCCACGCCCAGCCCAGGGGACUCCCGUAAUUAUCAUUCCCCUGUUCUAACAUGCUCGUGUUGCUGUCCAGGAUGAGUCCCCUCUUGAUGGCUAUGAGGUUCCUUCCUUUUGCCAAAAGACAUUUUUCCUGCCACUGUCACCCUUGGUUUACACAUUAGGGGGUUUAGACCUUGUUCCUGUAAAGCUGCUUUGAGACGAUAUCUACUAUUAGACACUACAUAAAUAAACUGAAUUCAAUUGAAUUUAAUCUGGGACUGGUGUGUUGGAGGAGGGCAAACUAAAAUUCCAGGCAUGGAGUUUCCAGGCCUGGGAUUGGGAGAUACUGGACUGAAGUCUUUUCAGAUCAGGCUGUCUGUGGGGUCUUCUGUGGUGUAAUCCAGUGUUUACUGAACAUAUCUACUUCUCUUCCUGUUAGGAUUCCUGGACACACAGGUUUAUGGAAAGGAUUUUAACAUGACAAACAUAGUAAAAUGUUAUUGUGAAAACGAUUCCAAGGAGAUUUCCAUUACAUACUGUAAAACCAAGUUAAACUAAUUUUAUAUGCAUUCCUGAUGGUGUCCCUUGCAAGCACAUAUGUGACUAAUUGUAAACAUUUAGUAAAUGAUAAAGCAGUGCAGAUCAAAAAAACAAGCAAAUAAAUAAACUAUCACUUUUUUAAAAACAA